UCUUGCCCUUUCAGGGUUCAGACUUCAGAGCAACCCCCAAACUCUGCACUCUCUUCCUUCGUCUCUCCUAAAGACUCAGUAUGAAGUAGAGAGUAUGAACCAAGAUCUCUGAAGGGCCCAGUGACUUCUCCCUCUCUAGACUGUUCUUUAGAUUCGAAAAGCAUUUUGGGUAUCUGGGUAUAUUGUUUUUCUGCGGAAGCAAGCUUUUUGGUAGAGUGCAAGUUCUUGAAUGAGCUAAAGCGGGCUGUCAUGGAGUGUGUGGUCCAGGGAAUCAUUGAGACAUCGCAUGUUGAGGCUCUUGAGAUUCUUCUUCAGGGGCUUUGUGGUGUACGCAGAGAAAGUUUGAGGAUCCAUGAAUUAUGCUUGAAAAGUGGUCCAAACCUUGGGCAUGUUUCUUCAGAUGUUCGACUAUUGUGCGAUCUUGAGCAGGCUGAACCCAUAUGGACUGUUAAACAUAUCGGAGGUGCAAUGAGGGGCGCUGGUGCUGAUCAGAUUUCAGUUCUUGUUAGGAGUAUGGUGGAAAGCAAAGUAAGCAAAAAUGCCCUUCGUUUAUUUUAUGCACUUGGCUACAAAUUGGACCAUGAGCUGUUGAGAGUGGGAUUUGCUUUUCAUUUCAAAAGAGGUGCUCAGAUCACUGUUACCGUGUCAUCAAUCAAUAAGAUGCCAAAAUUGCACGCAACAGAUGAGGCUGUGCCGGUGACCCCGGGCAUACAGUUGAUUGAAGUAACUGCCCCAGCCUUGCCUGAAAACUAUACUGAAGUUGCUGCAGCUAUGUCAUCCUUCUGUGAAUAUCUUGCACCGCUCGUGCAUUUGUCAAAACCUGGUGUUUCAACCGGGGUUGUUCCUACAGCUCAUGCAGCCGCUGCAUCUCUCAUGUCAGAUGGUGGGGGCACAACCUUGUAGCUGGAUCCAUAACUUGAGAAUCUUAGGAUGAAGUAGGGCAGCCCCUUUGCAAGUUUGGAAGAGUGUCGUCAUGCCUGUUGGUCUUUCACUGCUAAUCGCAAGCAUGUCUGAGUGACUGGUCCUCCAUCCCUUGUUCUUCCUAAUGCUAAUGGUUAUUUCUCUGUACACUGUUUAAGUGGAAGUAGCAUCUCACUAUGUGACAUGUUGUGUUGGAUGGGUUCUAACUCAAGAUGAGUUGGGUUGGAAUGUGAUUGGAUUUCCUUACAUUGUGUGGGUGCAUUUGCUUAAAAGGACCUGAUGGUAGGUUUUUCCGGCAA